UUGCGAAACCACCUCGUUCGUGUGUGGUUAACUUGAUUUUCUAUUUAAUAGGCUUCUUCCUCUUCUCUUGAUAUAAAAAAUCUAGUUAGUAUUACCGAGUCAACUCAGUCCUUCUUCCAUUCAUUGAAUAGCUCCCUUUCCCGCCAUCAAAAAUCACAUUCGGUUGUGGCCGUUGAACCCCUACCUUUCGCCAUUAAUUCCUUCAUCGAGAAACCAAAGCUCGUGAUCAUCAUUGAGCUGAACACAGAAAUCCAGUAAUAACAAGUAACAAUUACGUUAUAUGAUUGAGAUUCAUGGCAGCAGAGCUCGAGAUUUCGCUUUUAUUUACAGCACUCAUGCUGCUCAACUCCGCGGCGGCGACGGCUGUGGCUCAGCCCCUUCCGCGGCCGGUGGAGCGGCGGGCAUUGCUAGAUCUCCGCUCCUCUCUCGGAAUCUCAGCGAAGAGCUGGCACAAGAAGGCGAAUCCAUGCCUCAAUUGGACAGGAAUCGAGUGCCGAAACGGUCACGUAGUCGCGAUUAAAUUAUCAGGUUUGAGGAGAAGUAAUGAUGGGAAAGUAAAUCCACGGUUUGCUGUUGAUUCGUUGCAGAAUUUUCCUUUCUUAUCGACGUUCAAUUCAUCUAGGUUUUUUCUAGCUGUGCCGAUUCCGGUCUGGUUAGGCACAAACCUGAGCAAUCUCCGAGUUCUCGAUCUUAGCUCAAGCUCGAUUUCUGGCUCAAUCCCGUUGUCUCUCGGGAGUUUGAGCAGCCUUAGAUGGUUGAAUUUGUCCAACAAUUCAAUCACCGGCAGCAUUCCGAUUGCAUUGGAGAAGCUGCAGUCAUUGACAGUUCUUGAUCUCUCACAGAAUUCAUUAACAGGGCAGAUUCCCAAAGAUAUUUCAUCUCUUCGGAAUCUCACCAUUCUUGACCUAUCGUUGAAUUAUUUAUCCGGUGCGAUUCCACUUGACCUCGAUUUGCUUUCAAAGCUUAAGCAGCUGAAUUUGAGCAGGAACAGCCUACGCUCAUCGAUUCCCUCUCACCUUGCAAAUCUGUCGGAGAUGGAGGAGCUUGAUCUCGGAUUCAAUUCACUAAGCGGGGAGCUGCCACAGGAACUGGGAGAGCUGAGGAGCUUGAAGUAUCUAGAUGUUUCUAGAAACAAUCUCACCGGCGCCUUCCCAAACUGGGCAGCUUCCUUCAAUGCCGCCACUGCUGCAGUCUUCAACUUCUCUGGCAAUCUCUUCUAUGGAAAUGUAAGCUCGGGGUUUGGAGAUGCUCUUGUUGAUCUAUCAAGCAACUACUUUGGAGGGGAAGCGCCUCCUAGUGAGAGGCGCUUCCGCCUCUCGAAUAAUUGCUUUUUGAGCAGGGAAAGGCAGAGGGAGUUUGAGAAAUGCUCAGAGUUUUACAAGGAUGUAGGUAUACCCUAUGGAAGUAAUGGUGGAAUGCCACCACCACCUCCAUUGGUUGAACCAAUGAAGAGGAGGAGAAGUAAGCUGGUUUAUGUCAUGAUUGGGAUUUUUGGUGGGAUUGGUUUAGUCUUCAUAUCUGUGACAGCAUUGCUGCUGCUUCUGAGAUCACGAAGAACCCGGAUUGGAGAUGUUGAGCAGCCUCACAAGUUCGUUGCUGACUCUUCUGGUUUGGGAAAGGCGUUCACUUAUGAGGAGCUGCUCGUGGCAACGGGCAGUUUCAGCAGUGAGAACUUGAUAAAGGAGGGGCACUCGGGGAGCCUGUUUCGUGCAAGGCUGGAUGGAGGAGAGCUUGUGGUUGUGAAGAAAGUGGAUCUACAUUUGAUCAGACAAGAGUUGUCUGUGGCGGAGAUGGAACUUUUUGUGAAGGCGGCGCACCAUAGGCUCGUGCCUCUGGCAGGCCACUGCUUGGAUUAUGAGAAUGUGAAGUUUCUGGUGUACAAAUACAUGCCAAAUGGGGAUUUGUCAAAUGCUUUGUAUAGGUUGGCGAACUCGGAAGAAGAAGGGCUGCAGUCGUUGGAUUGGAUCACGAGGCUGAAGAUCGCGAUAGGAGCUGCAGAGGCCUUGGCAUACUUGCACAAUGAGUGCAGUCCUCCUCUUGUUCACAGAGAUGUUCAAGCUAGUAGCAUCCUUCUUGACGACAAGUAUGAGGUUCGUCUUGGGAGUUUCAGUGAAGCUUGCACUUCUGCUGGACAAGGAUCAUGCUCUAAUACAUGUGCCUACGAUGUUUAUUGUUUGGGAAAAGUGUUGCUUGAGCUUGUGACUGGGAAUCUUGGGAUCAGCAAAAUGAGUGAUGCUGAUGCACAACAAUGGCUGGACAGAAACUUACCAUUCAUCAGUAUCUAUGACAAAGAAAUGGUGAAUAAGAUUAUGGACCCAUCUCUCAUAGUAGACGAGGAUCUGUUAGAGGAGGUGUGGGCCGUUGCGGUGGUGGCUAAGUCGUGCCUGAACCCGAAGGCCUCACGUCGCCCUUCAAUGAGGCAUGUGGUGAGGGCGCUAGAGAAUCCGUUCAAGGUGGUGAGGGACGAGAAUUUCAGCUCCGGAAGGCGCUUGUCUAGGCAGUCAUGGACAGCUGUGUUGUUUGGGAGCUGGAAUCAUAGCUCCUCGGACAGCUCCAAUGUGUCGAGCCAAACAAGCAAGGAGGGGCUGAGGUGGGCCAAGGGAGCCGGGUCUCGGGGUAGUGGGACGAACCAACAUUCGUCUUCGCAUAAAAGAUCGUCGAGCGAGGUCUUCCCACAGCCACUGGAGAUGGAAGAUGUGGAGAGUGGCAACUGAGGUUGUGUUAUGUUUGUAUAUUCAGUGUGAGUUGAUGUCAUAAUUUUUGCUCAUUUAAUUUGUACAGGAACUUGCAUAUGUGAUUUAUUAGUCUCGAACCAAUUUUGAUCUGAGAAAAUUUUUAAUUAUAAAAUAAUUCGUUGCGAUUUAAA